CCGAGGGGAAAUUUGAACUGCCGCUUUAGCCCCGCCUCCUUGAAAAAGUAUAAAUAAGACCGGCUCCCCUCCCCGGCUCCAGUAUUACCUCCAGCAACCGAUUCUUCGACGUCGGCGAGAAGGAGUAACACAGUCAUAAAAAUGCGUGAGUGUAUUUCUAUGCAUGUCGGCCAGGCCGGAGCCCAGAUGGGCAAUGCAUGCUGGGAGCUCUACUGCCUGGAGCACGGCAUCCAGCCGGACGGUCAGAUGCCCAGCGACAAGACCAUCGGAGGAGGAGACGACUCCUUCAACACCUUCUUCAGUGAGACUGGAGCUGGUAAACAUGUUCCCCGGGCCGUCUUUGUGGACUUGGAGCCAACUGUCAUAGAUGAGGUCCGCACAGGAACCUACCGUCAGCUGUUCCACCCCGAGCAGCUGAUCACAGGAAAGGAGGAUGCAGCCAACAACUACGCUCGUGGUCACUACACAGUUGGCAAGGAGCUCAUUGACCUUGUUCUCGACAGGACUCGUAAACUGGCUGACCAGUGCACGGGUCUCCAAGGCUUCCUGAUCUUCCACUCCUUUGGAGGAGGAACCGGCUCUGGCUUCACCUCUCUGCUCAUGGAGCGUCUCUCUGUUGACUACGGCAAAAAGUCCAAGCUGGAGUUUGCAGUUUAUCCAGCCCCCCAGGUGUCCACAGCUGUGGUGGAGCCCUACAACUCCAUCCUGACCACCCACACCACCCUGGAGCACUCAGACUGCGCCUUCAUGGUGGACAACGAGGCCAUCUAUGACAUCUGCCGCAGGAACCUGGACAUCGAGCGUCCGUCAUACACCAACCUGAACAGGCUGAUUGGGCAGAUCGUCUCCUCCAUCACCGCCUCCCUGCGCUUUGAUGGAGCCCUGAAUGUGGACCUGACGGAGUUCCAGACCAACCUGGUGCCCUACCCUCGUAUCCACUUCCCUCUGGCCACCUACGCCCCGGUUAUCUCAGCAGAGAAGGCCUAUCACGAGCAGCUCUCAGUGGCUGAUAUCACCAACGCCUGCUUUGAGCCAGCCAAUCAGAUGGUGAAGUGUGACCCCCGUCACGGCAAGUACAUGGCCUGCUGUCUUUUGUAUCGUGGUGAUGUGGUGCCCAAAGAUGUCAACUCUGCUAUCGCCACCAUCAAAACCAAGCGCACCAUCCAGUUUGUGGACUGGUGUCCCACAGGCUUCAAGGUGGGCAUCAACUACCAGCCUCCCACUGUGGUUCCUGGAGGAGACCUGGCCAAGGUGCAGAGGGCCGUGUGCAUGCUGAGCAACACCACCGCCAUCGCCGAGGCCUGGGCAAGACUGGACCACAAGUUCGACCUGAUGUACGCCAAGAGGGCCUUCGUCCACUGGUACGUGGGAGAAGGAAUGGAGGAGGGAGAGUUCUCAGAGGCCAGAGAGGACAUGGCUGCCCUGGAGAAGGACUAUGAAGAGGUGGGAACCGACAGUGUCGGGGAGGAGGAUGAAGGUGAAGAAUACUAGAUCCCUGAAACAUCUCUAACUUGCUGUGGCUUCAUGACAGUCCACCUGCCCAGAAAGAAAAGCCAAACUCCAACAUGUGGUUUGUUAAGCAAUAGUGAACUCAUUCCUUCAGUUCUGCACAUUCCAGCGAGCUACAUGAGUUUGUUUUGUUUUUAAUGGUGCAAAUGAAUAAAAGAUCAUAAAGCUG